GUGCCCAAUAGAGGGGAAUAAUCACUUCCCUCCAUCUGCAGGCAAUGCUUCUACUAAUGCAGCCCAAUAUACCUGCCUACAUGACACACCACAAGAUGCACUGGGGCUCAUCCAAACCUGAUCCCAGCUCCUUGUCAGGUUUGCUGGGAGCUUCCUCAGAGAUUAAUGCAAUAAAAGGCAUCAUUGCAUCUGCGCACGAGCACCAGCCCCUGCUGAGCACUAGAGAGUGUAUCCGUGCUGCGCAGUAUUGUGCCCCCGUGCACUGCCACGCUGGCCUCUGCCAUGCAUGACAGCUUCCGAUUGCUGGCUGGGUACUGUGCUGCCCAGGUGCAGUAAGCCAGGCCUGUCCCGGUAGAGUGGGGUUUGCCUGCACUCCUGGCCGGGCCAGUCCUGGCUGCUUGGCCGCUGACCAGAUCUGCGCUGGGCAGCAAAAGGGGUUUCACUAGCAGUUUGUUUCAGCUGUUUGGGAAGUACUUCAACCCGUCCGAGAGCAUGGACUUCCUCCUCGUUGCUAUCGACGGCGUGAGCGACUCCAGCGUCCAUGACGCAGUGACGGCCAGGAACAUGCUGCAUAUGAUCCUGGAGGUUCCCGGCCUAGGCUUGGUGAGGGUGUCAGAGGCUGUGAGGAGCAUUCAUAACCACCUGGACUCCAUCAGCGAGCCACUUGCCCGGCAGGAGCUGCUCAGGGCCCUUCUCCUGCUGGGUUCCCAGUUCAGCGAGGAGGUGGUCAGAACCCUGCUGGGCUGCUCACUGUCAUGUGACAGUGUUGCUGCGGAGAUGUGGAAGAUACUGACAUCCCAGCCCAAGAGCACAGAAAAGAUCCUCAGGGAGCUGGUCAGCAGGCUGCAGGGGCAGGCUCCGCGACAGCAUCAUCUCUCUCAGAGACCGGCCGGCGUCGCCUCCUUGGCCGUAACCACUGAUGCCCUGGCAGCAUCCACCAGUAUUCAGCCGUUAACCUGUGCAGCAGCUGUGCAAGAAACAAGGCUGGGGAAUUCCUCCCAGUACUGGAAGACCAGGAAGGUUCCCGGGUCAGUCCCCUUGCAACUAAUCCUGCUGGGGGACUGCCAGAUUCCCAAGGUUAACCCUUCGGGAGCUGCAGAUCUCAAGCGCUCCAUCCUCCUCCUAAAUGCUCACAAGGUUCGCAAUCCGGACUGA